AUGCCUAGUAUGUUUGCAGGUAUCUUCUAUUGUUACUUCAUCUUUGUUUUCCUGAUGGUUGGAGCAGUGAAUUAUUUGAAGAGGCUCGGUUACCCAAACUCUCUGAACAACAAAUGGAUUAACAUGUAUAGAAAGUAUGUUUCUAUUCCUGCAUUGUUCAACAAGCAUCAUACAGAGGUGCCUGUCUUCUUAAAAGUCUUCUUCACAUUGGUUCCAACUCGUUCAGAGACGAUUAUCAUAUUCUUCUUUAUUUGUUUGAGUAUUGUUCUUGGAAUUGUUCACUGUGGUGUUAUUACCAUCUUCAACUGUGGACGAACUUAA